AUGCAAGUAGAUGUUGAAAAAAUCAAGAAUCUUUCUGUGCUUCAAAGGUCAUCAAUGAGAGUCAUGUCUACAAACCUAGGUGUGUCAAAAUCUUUGAUUCACAAGUGGGUGAAGGAGAAAAAGCUUAAACCACACACAAAUGCAAUAAAACCCUUUCUUACCCCACAGAAUAGGCUGUCAAGACUGAAGUGGAGCCUAAAUCAGCUUAGUUCAAUAAGUGAAGAUGGUUUUAUAAAGUUUCAAACAAUGUACAACACCAUUCACAUCGAUGAGAAGUGGUUUUACCGUACCAAAACCAAUGAUAGGUAUUACCUGCUGCCGGAUGAAGGGGAACCAUAUCGUACAUGCAAAUCAAAGAGGUACAUUGAAAAGAUUAUGUUUAUGUGUGCCGUUGCCCGACCAAUAUUUGGCCUAGAUGGCAGAUGCAUAUUUGAUGGAAAGUUUGGGAUAUUUCCUUUCACAACCAUGGAGGCAGCACAACGGAAUUCAAAAAACAGAAUGAAAGGUACCAUGGAAGUGAAGCCAAUCACAGCAGUUACUAAGGAAGUGAUGAAAUGUUUUAAAAGAGGUCAGCUGUUACUUUUUCUUUUUAUUACUGUUUGCUAUCAGAAACUGUUAAAGUUUCAUCAUUUAGCCAUUUUUAUUACCUUUUGGCAGAUGAUACCUAACUUUAAAGCUAAGUGGCCAGUGGGAGCAAACAAGCACAUAUAUAUCCAACAAGACAAUGCAAAACCCCACAUAAAACCCAAUGAUCCAGACUUUUUAGCGGUUGCAAAUACUGAUGGUUUUAAAUUCCAACUAGUAUGCCAGCCUGCUAAUUCACCGGAUACAAAUGUCAAUGACCUAGGGUUUUUCAGAGCAAUACAGACAUUGAAGGAUCAAAAACCAGCAGGGAAUGUGGAAGAGUUACUCAAGAAUGUUAAAGAUGCAUAUGAUGAAUACCCACCAGAGAAGCUAAACCAUGUGUUCAUUACUUUGCAAAGUUGUUACCAUGAAAUCAUCAAGGCAAGGGGAGGAAAUGACUACAAAAUUCCACACAUGAACAAAGAAAGACUCUCAAGACUGGGGUUGUUACCAGAUUGCAUUCAAGUUGAAGAAACACUUGUAAGGGAAACACUACAGUUUCUGGAGUUGGAUGCAAGUGCAGAGGGAGAAAUUUACAACCUUGGAGCAGUCAUAGAAGGGCUGGAGCAGGUUGACAUCACUGAAUAG